AUGGAUGUCGUCGAUGCUGCCACUGCCACUGCCAGCAGCAUCAUCCUCGCCGGAAACGCAGACAGUACCAGUAAUGCAGUAGUAGCCAUGCUCAUCACCCUCGUUGCCGUCGUCGUCGUCGUCCUCCUCUUCAUCACCACGAUGUCGUCGUCAGUCGUCGGCACAAGGGGCAGCAAGCAGGGCGAUAACAAUAAGCUUCCCCCGAGCCCACCGGGGCUUCCAUUGCUGGGGCACCUCCACCACCUCAUUCGUCCUCCCCCGCACCACGCCUUCCACCGCCUCGUCCGCCGCUACGGCCCCUUGGUGUACCUCCGCCUCGGUCCUUCAAACCACGCCGUCGUCGUUGGCUCCGCCGAAGCCGCGCGAGACCUCCUGAGGUUGGAGGCCAGCAUCCCCCAGCGGGGACACUCGGCGGUGACCAGCCUCCUGGCGUACGGCACCGCCGGCUUCGCGUUCGCGCCCUACGGCGACCAGUGGCGCUUCAUGAAGCGCCUGUGCAUGUCGGAGCUGCUGGGAGCUCGGACGCUGGACCUGCUGCGCCCCGUCCGCGACGGCGAGCUCGCCGCCGUGCUGCGGGAGGCGGCGGCGGCGGCGGGGCGGGGAGGCGGCAGCAUCGACCUCAGCGCGCAGCUCAUCGCCAUGGCCAACAACGCCAUCAUGCGCAUGACGGCCAGCGCGCUGCCCGACCACUUGACGGAGACGGCGCGGCACUGCGCCAAGGAGGUGACGGAGCUCGUCGGUACCUUCAACAUCGCCGACUACAUCUCGCUCUUCCGCCCAUUUGAUCUGCAGGGACUCGACCGGAGGGCGCACGAGGUUCACGCCAAGUUCGACGCGCUACUUGAGAUCUUGAUCAAGAAAAAGGAGGAGGCACGUCGUCGUCCACAACCGACGACGACGCCGACGACGACGGAGGCCAAGGACUUGCUGGAUAUACUCAUGGAUGCCGCAGAGGACGAGAACGCAGAGGUGAAGCUCACAAGAGAGAACGUAAAGGCCUUUGUCCUGGACAUCUUCACGGCGGGGUCGGACACCACAGCAACGACGGUGGAGUGGAUGCUUGCAGAGCUGAUGAACCACCCAGCCUGCAUGGAGAAGCUGCGAGCAGAGCUUGACGCCAUGAUCGGCAACUCACGGCUCGUCGGCGAGGAGGACGUGGCGAAGCUGCCCUACCUGCAGGCGGUGCUCAAGGAGACUCUUCGCCUGCAUCCGCCGGCGGUGUUCGCGCUGCGGGAGACCAUCGACACGGUGCACGUCCGUGGCUACACCAUCCCGCCCAACACCACCGUCAUCUUCAGCGUCUACUCCGUGGGGCGUGACCCGGCGCACUGGGAGAAGCCGCUCGAGUUCAACCCGGAGCGCUUCAUGCCCGGCGGCGCCGGCGAGGGCGUGGAGGUCAAUGCGCAGAGCAUGCAGCUCAUGCCCUUCGGCGGUGGCCGCCGUGCGUGCCCCGGCAUGGGAUACGCCGUGCAGGUCGUGCCGGCGUUCCUCGCAGCGCUCGUGCAGUGCUUCGACUGGUCGGUGCCUCACCAGCAGCAGCCGCAGGGGGGAAGAAACGACAUGGCGGCGGCGGCGCCGCCGCCGGCACUCAACAUGGACGAAAAGAAGGGGCUUGUCUCGGCUCGGCUGCACCCGCUCGUGCUCAACCCUACGCCGCGCCUCCAUCCUAUCCCCAUGCCUGCCUCCCUUUGCCGGCCUUUGAUUUGA